ACAUACGGUGUAAUUUAAACGACAGUCUAGUCCACUGUCAUAUAUCACUCGAGCGUUGCAGUUGCAACCCAUACAUAGUGAGUGAGUGGGCAAAACUCUCGUUUUCUUCUCCGCCAAGUUUUGCCGGAACUUCACUGGAAACUGAAACUUCGCCGGAAUGUGGAAUGCACGCGUUCUUCUCCGUUCAUUCUCUCUCCUACAUUUUCUUGUUCUUCACUCGGUGCUGCCUCAGGUCUCUGCACAAGGAUCCAACGCAACCACUUGGAACACUCUCUCUGGAAAUCCACCGUUGGUCAUAGCUCGUGGUGGUUUUUCAGGGAUAUUUCCCGAUUCCAGUGACUUUGCGUAUCUUUUUGCUGUAGCAGCUAGUUUAAAAAAUGUCAUUCUAUGGUGUGACGUGCAAUUAACGAAAGAUGCGCAGGGGAUCUGCAUCCCAGACCUCAAGCUUGAAAAUGCCACUAAUAUUGCUCAAAAUGCUAAAUAUAAAAGUAGCACUUACCCAGUUAAUGGUGCAACGACCAGUGGCUAUUUUUCUAUGGACUACACCUUAGAGGAUCUACGUUCCAACAAUGUCUUCCUGGUUCAGGGAAUUUACACACGAACAGAGAAGUUUAAUAACAAUGCAUUCCAAAUUCUUACUGUGAAUAAUGUGGUUAAAACAGCAUCCCCGCCAGGAUUGUGGUUGAAUAUACAGCAUGAUGCAUUCUACACACAACACAAUUUGAGUAUGAAAAACUUCGUACGUUCUGUUUCCACAACAGUAAAUGUCAGUUACAUCUCAUCACCUGAAGCUGGUUUCCUCAGAAGCAUAAGAACAGACAUCAAUCCAAAAAGAACAAAACUGGUCUUCAGGUUUAUGGAAAAAGGGGAAGUAGAUCCAUCAACCAACCAGACUUAUGCUACACUGUUAAAAAAUCUAACAUCUAUCAAGACAUUUGCUUCAGGAAUUCUUGUUCCCAAAGACUACAUAUGGCCUGUGGAUCUAAAGAGUCAUUAUCUACAACCGCAUACAUCUUUGGUCUCCGAUGCGCACACAGUGGGGCUGGAAGUCUUUGCUUCAACUUUCGAGAAUGAUAUUCCAAUCAGCUAUAAUUACAGCUAUGACCCUGUUGCCGAGCACCUGAGUUUCAUUGAGAAUGGAAACUUCUCUGUUGAUGGUGUGUUGUCUGACUUCCCCCUAACGUCAUCUACAGCUAUAGACUGCUUUGCUCACAAUGGUCUCAAUGCUCCAAAAAAAGUUAACACUUUGGUCAUCUCAAAAUAUGGAGCCAGUGGAGAUUAUCCUCCUUGUACCGACUUAGCGUAUGAAAAGGCUUUUUCAGAUGGUGCAGAUGUUCUCGACUGUCCUGUUCAGAUUUCAAAAGAUGGAAUACCAUUUUGCUUUAGCUCUAUUGAUCUUAUCCCGAACACAAAUGUUGCUCAGUCAAGAUUCAACGACCUUAGCAAAUCUAUUCCAGAGAUCCAAUCUGGUGAUGGAAUAUUUGCAUUCGACUUGUAUUGGAAUAAUAUAUCAAGCUUGACCCCCUUAAUGCUGAAACCGUUUAGCACUUUGUAUAGAAACCCAAAAUUUAACGAGAAAGUAUCAUUGUUAACAUUGUCCGAGUUCUUGAAUUUCACACAAGGUCGUCCUUCCCCAUUAGGUGUUGUGAUCAUCAUUGAGGUGCGUUCUGUUCAGGCCAUUAUUUCAGUACUUCAGUCUUUAAUUCCUUCCAUUGGCUGUAUAUUAUGUGAACAUGUAAUAUCUGUGAUGAAAUGCAGUAAGGCACAGUUAACUGUCUAA